CAGAUGCCUAUGAAAUAAAAAUCUCGUUUUAUCAAUCAACUACACAAACUAGAUAACCUAAAUUAAUCUGAGUAUCUGAAAAGCAUGUAGAUUUGCAUUAUUAUACCCUUUAUUCUCCAAAACCAGCAAACAUAAAUGGACUUGACUAACACACACAGAGCAACAUCCAAAACACUUGUGACUCUUAUAUGUAUAGAUCGCCCUCUAGUGGCAAAGUGUGAUAAGUGUACAACAACAUAUGCAAAACAUGACAUAACAACAUAUACAGCAAAUUCAGGUAAAUGUAAAACAAUCUUGUGUCUUUAUAAUGACAGUGAUAUUAGUCUUUAUUCCCUUGGCUACUGAAAAGUUUCAAUAAAUAAUCCAUCUACACACACACAUUAUCUCACACCGUGACAUUUGGAUAAUAACAAUAAUCAGAAAUGUGCUGUUUACCUACAUUACUAAUUAAUAUUAUUAGGUAUUCUAAUUCUAAUUUUUAGUAUACUUUAAAAUAAAGGUCUUAUAUUUCAAUAGUUUUUUUUUUAGUAUAAUAAAAGUGUGGAUUUUAAUAAGUGUAUUUCUAAAGUUGUGUUGCUUUCAUUGGUCACUGUACUUCAUCCAUCUGUUGCUACACUGUGCAACAUGAUGUUUUUACUGUUGAAUAAUCGUUAACACUCAUCAAAUAAGUCUGCAUACAGUCCACUACUUUGAUAAGAAGGCCCACUUUGGCAACGCACAAACAAAAAUGUUUAAUUACAUCACCGGAGUAUAUACACUUAGUAUUACAAUUUACUUCACUACUGCACAUUUAUGAAGCAAAUAUUACUAUUAUGAAAGGUGUAGGCAGUUGUGAAUUAUAACAAUAUGUUGUAGGGGGAAAAGCCUAGUUGCAUCACCACCAGAUUCAAGUUCAUGAAUAUUUCUACACUGUGGUAUUGUACUUUACUUCAUACGUUUUUGUUCCUCUCACACUAUAACAACAAGAGUCCCUUUCCCACCGGCAGGCCACGCACUUGUUGCAGCACUAGUCCCGCGAGAGAGGGGCGCAGGGAUGGAUGACCCCGCUGCUCCCCUCCCCACCAGCCCCAGCUGUCAGCUCCCUUCCUGACUUGCCCACCCUGCCCCCGGUACCAUGGCGUCCAGCGAGGAGGACGGCACGGUUGAGGAGAAGGAAAACAACAACAAGAGGAGAACGAAAAGCGCCCUCGCUACAGCAUGGCUCACUUUCUACAACAUCGCCAUGACCGCCGGGUACGUGCGUAAUAAUCCGCCGCCGCCUAUUAAUAAGAAAAGCCUAGAAGUUAGCCGCUCCCUAAAACACUGUGUUGCUGUUUAUAGGACUGAGUCUCUGUGGUCGAAAGUGCCAGUUCAGCUCGCUUAAUAUAGCGGCUAACAGCAGCAGGGGAAACUUCAGUAAACUGUUUGAUAGUUUGACAAUACAUAGAAAUAUAAGGGGGAUUUGUGCGAGUGUUAGAAAAUGAAUGAAAGGCGUUUGGUAAAGUGACAGGCUGGGGCUGAAGCCGUGUCCAAAUAGGGCUGACUGUCAGCGUCAAGGCCCACAGUGCACCGCAGUUGCAGUGAUAAGUAUAGCCGGCGCGCGCUGACACUGGAGCUCAGCCCUGGGACACUGAAAUGCUCAAUGAGCAGAUUUUUGAAUAACAACAUAACAUAACAUUUGUGAGUUGCAAACAGAAAAUGUUUCAUCGUGUUUUUAGGGUAAACUAGCAAGGCAAAAAGAUGGUACAUAAUAUGUCUCUGCUUAGUGACCUCAGCUUUGUGUAUAUAACUGAGCUGUCAGAUCAGUGUGUUACUUCAGUAAAAGCAGCAAUACAACAGUGUAGAAGAAAAAUAUCUGCACAAAAUGAUAUAGCCCAUUUAUAUCAGGUGUACUAGAAAUGUAUAGGAAAGUUGAAGAAUGCAGAGAAAUGGCUCAGUGUCUUUUCACAUGCAUUAAUGAAAUCAGGAUUUUACUGGUGUAUUUGGUUGAGUUGGAGCUGAUUUCAACAUAUUAAAAGGAGUGGAUCAGCUGUAUUUACAUAAACUAUUGGAUAGCUUGAUUUAUAAUAAAACAUUACGUUUUAGUGAUUCUUCAAUUGUAUUGGUGCAAACGAAUCCUUAUGUGUACAGUUGGCUUUAGUUACCAUCAUUAUCUAACACUUGCAGCAUUAAUUGUUUAUCAUCACCAUAUCUUGUAGUUUUAUGUCAUUAUUCAUUAUAAAGCUAUAUGCUUUUAGAACUUCAAGAGUCAAGAGGACAUUUUUACAUUUAAAUCUUAUAACAUCACUUUACUGAUGUAAUCAUCAUACAGACAUUAACUGAAUACACAUACUUACAUAACUUACAUAAUCAAAACACAAUGUAUAGGCUAUGUAUCAAUUACAGCACUGGCAACAGGGUCAGUUUCUUAGUCAUCAUAUCGAAAAUAAAGACACAUUUUCAACAAUUUCAGCUCCUGAAAUGUCAGGAUCUUCAAAUUCAUUUGAAAAAAAAGAGAAAGGAAUCAAGAAUAUAUUCAGCAAAAGCAAUCAUUGCGUUGCGUAAACCUUAACCCUUUAAGUUGUUAAUACAAUUGAUCCUCUUAACAGUUCUUUGAGACAUUCUUUCAUGGCUAUAGUCAUUAUGGAGCCCAGCUUCAGUUAAUUGUAUUGUAUUUUGCGCAGAGAGGGAGACAGCAUGACAAUGUGUCUUUUAGAAUGUUACACAUGAUUGCAUCUUGGUAGAAUUGAUACAUUAUUUAUACUAGAAAUUAUUUCAAUAGCAGUCCCAAGAGUUGGCUCCACCAACUCAUACAAUUUUAGAAAUAUGUGUUUUCAUUAACUCACGCAAGUGCUAUCCUUUGAAAUCUUGAGUAACUAGCAAGAGCCAAGUGUUGCUAACUCUUUUCCAACAAUAAGUAGCUAGCAGCAAAUUCGCGAAAAAAGUAUAAAAGUUAGCAAACUGACAGCCUGUCCCAUUAAACUUCACUCCAAAACCCCACCGCAAAAAAAAAAAAAGUAAACAUAUUAUAGUAAACGUUAACAACAAACGUUGCUAAUGUACGUAGACUACUCACGGCUGCCAUGCAUGGGGAAGACUCCGGUCCGGUGACGCGUAUAUGUGCACGAGCGCGUACAGGUGGCUGGUUUUGGCCAUUGCAAUGAUGCGCUUCUACGUCCAGAAAGGCACAACCAAGGGUCUGUACAGAAGUAUAGCAAGGACCCUCAAGUUUUUCCAGACCGUUGCACUAGUUGAGGUGGGACAUUGUGCUAUUGGAAUUGUGAGGACUUCUGUAAUUGUGACCGGGGUGCAAGUGUGUUCACGAAUAUUCAUGAUUUGGUUCGUCACCAACAGCAUCAGACAGAUCCAGAGUGAAGAAAGCGUAAUUCUAUUCCUGGUUGUGUGGACGAUGACAGAGAUUACCAGAUAUUCCUACUACACAUUCAACCUGCUCCACCACCUGCCGUACUUCAUCAAAUGGGCCAGGUACAACCUCUUCAUCGUGCUGUACCCCCUGGGGGUCAUCGGGGAACUGAUGACCAUUUAUGCUGCCCUGCCGUUUGUACGCAGAUCUGGAAUGUACUCCAUGAGGCUCCCCAACAAGUAUAACGUGUCCUUUGACUACUACUACUGCCUCAUCAUCGUCAUGCUGUCCUACAUCCCACUGUUCCCUCAGCUCUUCUUCCACAUGCUGCGGCAGAGGAGAAGGGUGCUUCACGGGGAGGUCAUAGUGGAGAAAGACGACUAGACAAGCCACCACCUCACGCCUUCGUUUGAGCCAGCCUGCCUCCACCAUCACCCCUCACCUCCCCCACUUCAUCUUUAGCCCCAUCGGCCGUUACAUUCUCCACCGCACGGGACCGGAAGAGCCGCACGGACGACGAAGAAAGGAGUUCACCAGUACUGAGCAACAAUAACUGAUCCUAAGUCUUUACAGGAUUAAUUCCUAUCUGAAUGGUAAUAUUGGAAACAUGUUUACAGUCCCAGUGUUUUCUUGAGACUCAGCACAGAGUCCUUUACUGCACCUUGUUGCACUGAAACACGAGUCACAACACCUCCCGAAGGAGAAAAAGAGGAAAGAGAGGCUUCCAGGGAAAUGUGAAUUGAAACAUGUGAGGAAGAUUGUAAGUUGUGUCUCCCGAGUUGUCCAAACAUCAACCCCAAAAGCAACCCAAUUGGCAGUUCCAUUAUUUUUUUAAGUGUAUUCCACUACCGAGAUUUUGUACAAAGCAAAGAUAAAAAAAGAGGAAAUAAUUCUAUCAUACCUCAACAAUAAAUCUACAUUUAGACAAUAUGCUGCUUCUUUGUGAAUGUUGUAAAUGAUGCAAUGUGAAAUGAGCGGUUAAUAGUAAACAUAUUUCUUAAAUUAUUCACAUACUGUAUCACUUAGAGCAAGCACAGCUCAAACUUAACAUUUUGUCAGCUUGGCUCCUGCAUUCUUCUGUGUUGCUUUGAUGUUUACUAUGUCAAAUUCAUUUACAAGAGUGCAUCUUAAACACAUUUGAAGUCUUCAAAAAGUAGUUUUCUAUAGACAGCUGUAGGUGAGAGUACAAUUCAGAUUUUUGUGAGCACUUUCAGUCUUCAGUCGCUGUUGUGUUUGUUUUUUAACAUAAGGAAUCCAAUGUCCGUGUUGAUAAAGGUAGUUAGUUCCCUCCUAUUUAAGGUGCUAUUGUAACAUCAUUUCAAUCUUCUGUGCAGCUUAAGGAGUGACUGUGAUUGGAGUUGACCUAAAGCAGGAAAACAGGAUGUGAAAUGAUUGAGAGGAAAUGUUGCAUAGCCCAAGGUUAUCUACGAAAAUCGACUUUUCUGCUUAUAAUCUGGGUUAGGGAGGAGAGGAACAAUAAAAGUCAAUGUCACAAAAAUCACUGGGAAAGUUAUUU